AGCAUUCCCGUGAAUUAUCUUUACAUAUCAAGUUUAGAAACGUAAAUCUUAUAAAUUUUUCAAUAAAUUUACAAGUAUUUGAAUCAUUAUCAUGAAGACAAGGCCUAUUAUAUCGAAAAUUAUUUUGCUUUAUUAAAGAGAGGGUCUAUUAUGAGAAAUAUUUAAAGAAGACUCGUUUUUACCGGGAAGCAGCAGCAGCUGCCAUUUAGAUGGAAAGGUUGCUUUCGUCCGAAGUCACUGUCGUCUUCUUCACCGAACUACGUUACCAUCCUCCUCUUCUCCUUCUCCUCCACAAACCCUUUUCCUGAACCCAAACGCUUCUCUUUACUCUUCAAUCUUCAUCGCUUCCGUUGCGUUCAUCUCCAUCUCCAUCUCUAUUUGUUGCGGUAUUUGCCGCACGGUUGAUGCAUGUCAAGAUCUCCUUUUGGCCGCCCUACUCGUCUCGCCACGCCUCGUUUCUCAUGCGUGCAAGCCAUCUCCUUGAGAAACACAUUCAUCCUUCGCACAUUGCUCCGAUUCCUUCUCUUCGCCAUUCUUUUGAUCGCUUCGAGCUCUGUCAAGUUUCCAUCUUUUCUGCCAUUGAGCCCUACUGAGCGACAACCUACCUUACCUUCCAUCGUCAAGUUGCUAAUCUGAUGGGAGCUCAACACAGCACGAGGUCGCACAACCUAGCUGUUGCAGAUGCCGGCGCCGGCGGAGGAGAUGGCCACGGGCACCUCCCGUGUCUGGCGGAGCUGAUGUCUUACGAGGAGGCCUGCCGCCUCGAUCCCGAGCUCGAGACCUUCGACUCCACGCUCCAGCAGCGCACCGGUCGCGCCAUCUCCACCCUCACCGACGGCGUCCAGGUCCGUUCCCUCUCCCUCGAUUCCCUCAGGGAGAUCACCGGCUGCCUCCUCGAGAUGAACCAGGAGGUGGUCAAGGUCAUCCUCGACUGCAAGCGCGACGUGUGGAAGAACACCGAGCUCUUCGACCUCGUCGAGGAGUACUUCCAGAACAGCCUCCAAACUCUCGACUUCUGCACUACCCUCGAAAAGUGCCUCACUAAAGCUCGCGACAACCAGCUCAUCCUCCGAGUCGCGCUGCAGCGCUUCGCCGAGGAGGAGGAGGAGGACAACAAAGGCGACAAUGCGAGGUACUCUCGUACUCUGAAGGAGCUGAGGCGCUUCAAGGCGGCCGGCGAUCCCUUCACGGAAGAGUUCUUCAAGGCUUUCCGGUCCAUCCACCACCAACAGCUCCAGAUGCUCGACAAAAUGCGGAUGAGAAAGAACAAGCUCGACAAGAAGCUCAAAUCCAUCAAGGCCUGGAGGAAAGUCUCGAGUAUCAUCUUCGCGGCCACAUUGACCACCUUCUUGAUCUGCUCGAUAGUUGUUGCUGCCAUAGCCGCCCCGCCUGUUGCUGCAGCUGUGGCCGCAGCUGCAGCUAUCCCGAUUGGGUCGAUGGGGAAGUGGCUCGAUUCGCUGCUCAAGGAUUACCAGAAUGCUUUGAAGGGGCAGAAGGAGGUGCUCCUGUCGAUGCAAGUAGGCACCUGCAUUUCAAUCAGAGACAUGGAUAACAUCCAUUGUUUGAUAGAUCAGUUGGAGAUCCAGAUGGCAUCGUUGCUGAGUUGCAUGGACUUCGCCAUCAGGGAUGUGGAAGCGAUGAAAAUUGUGAUGGAGAAGAUAGGGGAAAAGAUGGAGGUGUUUAUGAAGAGUGUUGAGAAUUUGGCUCGCCAAGCAGACAGGUGCAGCACUGAUAUUACGAGGGCCAGAACUGUUUUGCUGCAGAAAAUUAUCAACACCUCAUGAAUCUGAAUAAAGGAAGCCUCAUGGUAAGUCAAGUGAAGCCUAAUAUUGAGAUUCAUUUAUUCCUAUCCUUGAGAACUUUGGUUGUGAUUAGUCAAUUUAAUAAGAUUCUAGUCAUCCGUGUUUUAAAUGCUCAUUAAGAAAUUCUGAUUGUAUCUUUCUUUUUUUCUCCUGUUAUGA